AGCAAGCGUGUCACUUCUCAUAAAAGGUCCAGGACACAUUCCCGUCGCCAGUGCUGUGUCCCGCUUCCUCCCUGCAACCUGUUCUGCAACGUCCGGAACUUCUGCAACUUCUGCGACACCUCAAGCCUUUUGGAACUUCUGCCAUAUCUGAAGGCUCUGCAGCGUUUGCGAUCUCUGCAACCAUGUGGUCGCCUAAGACGGUCGCCGCAGCGCUCGUCCUGCAGAUGCUGUGCGCCUGCCACGGGAGCGCCGGUCAUUACGGAGGUGGUUAUGGCGGCCAAACGGUCGUUGUGAGAAGAGGAUACGGUGGCGGGUAUGGUGGGUAUGGUGGCCUCGGAGGCCUUGGCGGAAUUGGCGGUUUCGGCGGCUAUGGUGGCGGUUUCGGCGGCUAUGGUGGGUAUGGCGGUCUUUAUGGUGGAGGCUAUGGUGGCCUCGGAGGCUAUGGCGGUUAUGGCGUCGGAUAUGGAUCCCUGUAA